GAAGUUCGAAAUUAUUUUCUGUAAUCUAAAUUACCCAUCAUUGAGUAGAAUAAUAUAUAAAAACGCGUAGUGAGUUUGAACUAUUCGUAUAAAAAAAAUGGCACACGCUGUGAAAUAUAUUGUAGUGUUAGCACUUCUAAAAGCGAUCGAUGCUCACGUUCACAUAGACAGUAUACAAUUAUGUGAACAAAAAGAGUAUCCUAUCAUGUGGAAAGUUGAACUACAAGACUCCGCAGACGAUCAAAUUAUAUCAUUGGGUGCUAUGGACUCGAAAGUUAAUAUCGAUAAUGAUGUACUGAACAGACUACUAAUUUAUCAAAAAGAAGGCGACAAAUGGAACCUAUUUAUAAACAAAACAGAUGGGACGUGUAAAAUCACCGAAAUGUUCCUGGGAGAUUUCAUAAAAAGUUUAGAAAAUGCAGCGGGGCUCAAACAAACCUGCCCUUAUCCGGCGGGCAAAUACGAGAUACACAAUCAUCCGUUGGACUUCUCUAAAUUCAAAUACAGAGAUUUUCCGCCCGGUACUUUGAAAAUACGAUCGGAAUUUUUCCCGAAAAGCGCCGAAGCCACUGAACUAGGUUGUUACGAAGUGGAAUUUACUUUAUCGAAAUAAAUCAUCCGAUGCUCCGGUUACUUAGAGGUGAAUUAUACAAUUGUAAAAUGCGUUGUUUUGAAUAAAAUAGAAU